AUGUCGUAUCGUCGACCUUUUCGUGGACGUUCUAGUCGUCGUCCUUUUUUUGAAAGGUUAAGGAAUAAUGAGAUAUCAAAAGGGCCACAUCAUGAUAACCCAGAAACAAAGACAUUGGGGGAUGUUCUUGAAAGUGAAUUCUCCAUUCCUUCGAAUGAAUCAAAUGAAUUCAGGCUUAAGCAAGCAAAAUCGAGCGACACAAUGGAUCGCCGCAUGGGCUUUGAACCCUUUACUGGACCCGGAGAUCAGGUUGGUUGGCUCUUUACAAUGCAGCCAACAGAUAUACUUGAUCCUGAUUCUAAAAGGCUUGUUAGUGGUGUCGACUUCUAUUUUAUCAAAUCUGAUGGCUGUCGCUUUAAGGCAAGUAAUUUAUUAUGCUUUUUAUUUAACCUAUUAGAAAGAAUUAUGUUACCGUUUCUUUCAUCCUUUAAUAAAAUCUAUCGAUUGCCUUAG